AUGUCUCCAGGUCGGAUAGUCGACGACAAUGAGUACGACUUCAUAGUGUGCGGCGGCGGCACAACAGGCUGUGUCGUCGCAGGCAGACUGGCCGAAGAUGCCAAUGCGCGGAUCCUCGUGGUCGAGGCCGGGCCUCACAACAAAGACCUCGAAAACGUCCACAUGGCGGGCGGCUGGUCCAAGAAUUUCGACGGACCGCUCGACUGGAACCUGGUCACUCCACCCAUGAAGGGAAUCAACGGCAGAGAAGUCAAACUCAGCCGAGGAAAAUUCCUGGGAGGCAGCAGCGGCGUCAACGGUACGCUGUGUGUCCGAGGCAGCAAGCAAGACUAUGACGACUGGAAUCUCCCAGGGUGGUCCGGAGAAGAAUUCUUCAAGUACAUGCGCAAGGCCGAGACGUUCCAUACCAAGCCGUGGUUUCAGGUGGACGAGAAAGCCCACGGCUACAAUGGCCCGCUCCAUGUAGAGCCGCACGACAAUGCUCCCAUUUCGAACCUGUUGCUGGAGAGCAUGCAAGAUAUGGGCUUCCCGCUAGUACACGACAUGUUCAGCAACGGCGAGACCCCUCAUGGCUGCGGUCAUGCACCACGGACUGUCUACAAGGGCAUCAGAUCUACCGGAGCGGACUUUAUCACCAUGGAUCAACACAAGGCCAACAUUGACCUCGUGCUUGACACUGUCGUGGACAAGGUCAACUUUGAGGAGAAGGAUGGUCAAUUGCAGGCCGCAAGUGUGGUGCUUGUCGGCAAGGAUGGCACAAGCAGAGAAGUCAGGGCUAGAAAGGAAAUCAUUAUCUCUGGAGGCGCAUAUUGUUCCCCAGCAAUUCUUCUCCGAUCAGGCAUUGGUCCCAAGGCUGAGUUGGAAGCAUUAGGCAUCAAGUGUCUCGUCGACUCUCCAGGCGUGGGAAAGAACUUGCUGGAUCAUCUUAUCGUGUUUGCCUUUUACGAGGUGACCAAGGACGGACUGACCAACGACCAUCUGGUGUAUCAUGGAGACGCUGCAAUGGCUGCAUAUAUGCUAUACAAGGAGAAGAAGGAAGGGGUCCUCUCCACCUUCCCCUUUGGUGCCAUGGCAUUUGCGAGGCUAGAUGAUCGCCUGAAAGAUGAGCCAUUGUGGAAGGAAGCAAAGAGGCAGCCCGGCCGUGACCCCAUGGGUCUGACUCCCAAGCAGCCGAACGUGGAGUUUUUCACCACCGAGUUGUAUGGCGGUCCCAAGCAAUAUGAUCAAUUUCCCAUUGACAAGAAGCACGCCUUUGCCAUGAUCACCGAGCUGUUCUCGCCCCGUUCGAGGGGAACAGUGACGCUAAAGUCCACAGACCCUCUCGAAAACCCGGUGGUGGAUUGCAACUAUCUCGCCGAUCCACUCGACAUGCUCGUCGUAUCCGAGGGCUGCAGGCUCGGCAACGAGAUUGCCAUGAACCUGAACAAGGUUGCCAAAGAGGAGAUUGUGAAAGGAGCGUGGCCAUCAGAUCUGACACAUCAUGCGUACACCAAACGAGAAGAAUGGGUGCCUCAUGUCCAAAAGGAGGCCACCACUUGCUAUCACGCCGCAGGGACUUGCAAGAUGGGCCGGGAUGACGAUAAGACGGCAGUGCUUGAUGCGACUCUCCAGGUCCGCGGAGUCAAAGGCCUGAGCGUUGCUGACACCAGCGUGAUGCCCACUCUUCACGGUGGCCACACUCAGAUGCCUGCGUAUGGCAUUGGCGAGAAGGCCGCUGAUCUGAUCAAAGCAAGAUGGUCAAAAGCCUAG